GAGGUGUUGUUUUUUUGCGUUGCUGUUGUUCAUCAUCACCAUCAUCUAGACAUUCUCUAGAGUCUAGACGACAGGUCCUGACACUAAUUCAAGGCUCACCUCCAUCGGGAGACGCCCGUCACCGCUCGCUCUCUACCCUCCCCCCCUGUUGUUGAGAGAGGCGCAUCCAGUCCGCAUCCAGUGCCUCGUUGCGCUUCGCUGGCCCUUGUCCACUCUUUUUUUCUCCUCGCAGCACCAGCAGACGCGCACCCAGCGAGUCGCAUUGUCUAGUUGCUGCUUGGCUUGACGAAGUGUCUCGCAUCCCACGGCUCUGAGACGCCCGCCAUUGUCCUCGGCAGUCCCGUCUCUCUCAGACCGCCGUCCUUGUCAAUCCCCUCUUCUUGACCUCGUGCGCGCAUAUAAAGGCUCCUUUGAGCCCCCUCGACGAAGAUGUCUUCAAGAUACUCUCUACGCCAAACCCCCAGGAAGAAAGAACUCUUCGAGGGCAUGGUAGAGACCCCUUCUCGACGCCGCUCAACACGCCGACAGACUUCCCAGCCUCUUGAGACUUCAGACGCCGACAACGACUCCGGCUCAAACGCUGAAAACGCCCCCCGCGCUGCCCCAAUUCGUCGACGUACCACCAAGUUUGUUGAGAACCUCGACGAGGACGACGUGCAAAAGCCGGACGACAUGGGCGCCGUUAACCGCAACGGCCAUGCUAAUGGCAAUGGCAAGGCCAACGGCAUCGAUCACACCAAUGGUGUCCUUGCCCCUGUCACCAGCGUCCUUGACAAGACUGAGGGUGUUCCUCAGGAUCCUCAUGUCGUCGACGGCUGGAGGCCAGGCCAGGACCCCAAGGUCGACUACUCAGGCGAGUUCGAGUUUGGAGGCUCAUUCGGCACCCUCGCCAUGAUGACUUGUUUCCCUAUCCUCAUGUGGUACAUGUGGAUUGGCGCAACUUACUAUGAUGGCAAAUUCCCCUCUCGCGCGGCCGGUCAGUCCUGGGCCGACUUUGGUGCUCAUCUUGUCAACCUCGUUUACACGGGUGCCUAUCCUCGCCUUCAGGUCUGGGCCUGGUACUGGUCCUACCUCAUCGUCGAAGGUACUCUCUACUGCGUCCUCCCUGGUGUCUGGGGCUAUGGCAAGCCUCUCCCCCAUGAGGGAGGCAAGCAGCUUCGCUACUACUGCAAUGCCUACUUCAGUCUAUACACGACCCUCGCCAUCCUUGCCGCUCUUCACUUCUCGGGUGCCUGGCCUCUCUACACGGCCAUUGAUGAGUUCGGUCCUAUCCUGUCCGUCGCCAUCCUGAGCGGUUUCCUCGUCAGCUUUGUCGCCUACUUCUCCGCCCUCUGGCGCGGUAAGCAGCACCGUAUGACCGGUUACCCCAUCUACGACUUCUUCAUGGGCGCUGAGCUUAACCCCCGUAUGUUUGGCAUCCUCGACUUCAAGAUGUUCUUUGAGGUUCGCAUGCCCUGGUACAUCCUCCUCAUCCUGAGUCUCGGUGCCGCCGCUCGCCAGCACGAGCAGUACGGUUACGUCUCUGGUGAGGUUUGGUUCCUCGUCAUGGCUCACUUCCUCUACGCCAACGCCUGUGCCAAGGGAGAGGAGCUCAUCAUCACCACCUGGGACAUGUAUUAUGAGAAGUGGGGUUUCAUGCUCAUCUUCUGGAACCUUGCUGGUGUCCCUCUCUCUUACUGCCACUGCACCAUCUACCUCGCCAACCACCACCCUGACGUCUACCGCUGGAACCGCGGCAUCCUCGCCGCCAUGUUCGUUGGCUACCUCUUCUGGUACUGGGUCUGGGACAGCUGCAACAGCCAGAAGAACCGCUUCCGUGCCAUGGAGAAGGGCAAGGUUGUCUGGCGCAAGACCUUCCCCCAGGUCCCCUGGCAGACCAUCCACAACCCCAAGACCAUCACCACCCCUCAGGGCACCAUCCUCGUCGACGGAUGGUACGGACUUGCCCGCAAGAUCCACUACACGGCCGACGUCUGGUUCGCCGUCUCUUGGGGUCUCAUCACCGGCUUCGAGAGCCCCUUCCCCUGGUUCUACCCCGUCUUCUUCGUCUGCAUGAUUGCUCACCGCGCUGCGCGUGACAUUACCCGCUGCCGUCGCAAGUAUGGUGAGGCCUGGCUUGAGUAUGAGCGACGUGUGCCCUACCUCUUUAUUCCCUACGUCAUUUAAGGGAAUGUCAUGGGCAGAACGAGUAUUUAGCUCAAUUCUACCUUUUCAUAGGGCCCUGUGCCCUAUUCUAUUCCGUACAUAACGACCCUAGAUGUUGAGGACGGUGUUGGGUCGAUUUGGAUUGUGCGACGCGAAAAAGAAGGGGCAUGAUAGAACGGGUUGAGAACAAUACGUCCAGAAUACAGGGACGUGUCAUGACACAAAAAAAAAGCCAUCCAUCUACGUUGACGUAAAAGAGACGGGAUGGGCAUGUUGAGGCUGCUUAGAAAUAUUGUAAUGAAGAAUACUUGCUUGUAUUGUAUAAAGAGUUAUGUUAGCCUGCUUUGAAGCAGUAGAUUAAUACGAUAAAGAGGUUAUUAAAG